GCUCGCCUCUGCCUCGUGGUAGCUUCAUAUGGAAUGGGGUGCCGGCAUACCGUGAAUCUAGGCCGCCGGGCCUUGCUGAAGAGCUCGAGACGCAUGACCAAAGACCAGCUUCUCAAGCGUCUGCAAGACCAUGCUGUGGCCAAGGGCGGCUUUUGCCGGACAGAUUCCUAUACCAACAGCACGACCAAGGUUCCGUGGGAGUGCGAGCAUGGCCACACAUGGCAUGCUCGUCCCCACGACGUACUGCAUAAAAAGACCUGGUGCCCGCAGUGCGCCCUUGACAAACAGAGGAAGACUCUGGAGCAACUGCAGGACCACGCGAGGAAGCCGGGCGGCAUGCUCCUGUCUACGAAGUACACUAACAGCAAGGCCAAGUAUCGCUGGCAGUGCAAGUUGGGACACACCUGGGAAGCCCGCGCUGACAACGUUCUGAACCAUGACACCUGGUGCCCUGAAUGCGGGCAAAAGCAGAAAGUGUCCACCAGGCGAAGCUUGCAGGACUUGCAGGAGCAUGCAGCUUCCCGCGGAGGCCGCUGCUUAGCAACUGAAUACUGCGGUAUGGUGAGGAAGGUGCAGUGGGAGUGCAAUAAGGGCCACAGGUGGCAUGCAGCUCCCCGCAACGUGCUGAGUGGCAACACCUGGUGUCCUGUCUGUGCGCAGCGCGCUCCCAUCGGCUUGGAGCGGCUGAGGGAGCAUGCGGCGCAGCGAGGCGGAGAGUGCCUGGCGACUGAGUAUGUGAACAACCACAGCAAGGUGCCGUGGAAGUGCAAGCUUGGACACGUCUGGGAGGCAACAGCCGACAGCGUGAUGGGCUUGGGUUCUUGGUGCCCGCACUGCAGGAAGAUUGGGCUUGCGCGCCUCCAGGCCCACGCCGCAUCGCUGGGUGGAAGGUGCCUUGCAAAGUCGUACAAGAACUGCUUCACCAAGCUUCUCUGGGAGUGCCCGGAGGGACACCGAUGGAAGGCAACGCCUGACAACGUGAUUAACGGCAAAACUUGGUGCCCAACUUGCGCAAACAGCAUGUGGAGGACAGAGGCAGAGAUCCGCGACAUCCUCGAGUCCAUCUUCUGCCCUUCCAAGUUCGACUCCUGCUAUCCGCAGUUUCUGGCGGGCUUGCAGCUGGAUGGGUACUGCUCCCAGCUGUCGCUGGCAUUCGAGUACCAGGGUGAGCAGCACUAUGAUCCAGAAAGCUAUUUCCACUUCGGUGACAUCUCCAGCUUCGCGGCCCAGCAGGAGCGAGAUAUCAGAAAGCGAGAGCUGUGCCAGGCAGCCGGAGUGCGACUAGUGCUCGUUCCAUUUUUUGCAAAUGACAAGCGGACGUUUGUGGUGACUGCCCUGUUGCAGUGGUUCUCCAUUGAGGAGAUCGCUCCUAUCGUGCUGUCCAUGCACAGUACUUGCCGUGAAGCGGGUUGA